AAUCCCUAGGUGCAACUACUUAACCAUCCUACCUUAAGAACCCUAAUUCUUCUCUGCCUCUCCCCCAAAUUUUCCCUUUUUAACAUUUUUCUUUGCAGUCUACUCGAACCCCAAAACCCUUACAAACCGCUAAUCUUUCUAUAAAUUCAGCAGUGAAAGCAGUUGGGAAAAUGGGAGAGAUGAAGGAGAACGACGCAUACGAGGAGGAGCUUCUCGACUAUGAGGAAGAAGAUGAAAAAGCUCCCGACUCUGUGACCAAAGUGAACGGCGAAUCAGCCAAGAAGGGUUACGUGGGAAUUCACAGUUCCGGAUUCAGAGACUUCCUUUUGAAACCAGAGCUUCUAAGGGCUAUUGUAGAUUCUGGAUUUGAGCAUCCUUCAGAAGUGCAACAUGAGUGUAUACCUCAAGCUAUUCUGGGAAUGGAUGUUAUUUGCCAAGCAAAAUCUGGAAUGGGGAAGACUGCUGUUUUUGUUCUCUCAACAUUGCAGCAGAUUGAACCUGUUGCCGGUCAAGUUGCUGCUCUUGUUCUAUGUCAUACAAGAGAACUAGCAUACCAGAUAUGUCAUGAAUUUGAGCGGUUCAGCACAUACUUGCCAGACAUCAAAGUUGCUGUUUUUUAUGGUGGUGUCAACAUCAAAAUCCACAAAGAUCUUCUGAAAAAUGAAUGCCCUCACAUUGUAGUUGGAACACCUGGGAGAAUCCUUGCUCUAGCUAGAGACAAGGACCUUUCUUUGAGGAACGUGAGGCAUUUUAUACUGGAUGAAUGUGAUAAGAUGCUUGAAUCUCUUGAUAUGAGAAGAGAUGUCCAGGAGAUUUUCAAGAUGACCCCUCAUGACAAGCAAGUAAUGAUGUUUUCUGCUACACUCAGCAAAGAGAUCCGACCAGUUUGCAAGAAAUUUAUGCAAGAUCCUAUGGAAAUUUAUGUGGAUGACGAAGCCAAGUUGACCCUUCAUGGUCUUGUACAGCACUACAUCAAAUUGAGCGAGCUGGAGAAGAACCGGAAGCUGAAUGACUUGUUGGAUGCGCUGGACUUUAAUCAAGUUGUCAUCUUUGUCAAGAGUGUGAACAGAGCAGCGGAGCUUAAUAAGUUGCUUGUGGAGUGUAAUUUUCCAUCUAUUUGCAUCCACUCUGGCAUGUCUCAGGAAGAAAGAUUGACACGCUACAAGGGCUUCAAGGAAGGGCAUAAGAGGAUCCUUGUUGCAACAGAUUUGGUUGGUAGAGGAAUUGAUAUUGAAAGGGUUAACAUUGUUAUCAACUAUGACAUGCCAGAUUCUGCGGACACUUAUCUGCACAGGGUGGGAAGAGCUGGAAGGUUUGGUACCAAAGGUCUUGCAAUCACAUUUGUUUCUUCUGCUUCGGACUCUGAUGUUCUCAAUCAGGUCCAGGAGAGGUUUGAAGUGGAUAUAAAAGAGCUUCCUGAGCAGAUUGAUACAUCAACAUACAUGCCUGCUUAGUCCGAUGACAAGGUCUUUCUGGCAGAUGCGGACGCAGUUUGUGUUUUGGUUAUUAAGCUCCUGCUCUUGUAUCUGUUGCAUGUAUGAACUAGUUCGUUGGAAGAAACUGAGACUCCUCUUCUAUGCUUAACACUUCCAAGAUUAUUGUACACCUAAUGAAUCACUAGGUAUUGCCACCUUAGCAGACAGAUAUUUGACAUUUUCAGAUUUGAUUGUGUUGUCUAUGAAAGAUUCUACAGUAAUGUCUCCGAAUUUGUUCGAGGCUAGUUUUCUUGUCUUUUAUGUACCA